AUGACCUUGAACCAAUCCUCAGACCCCCUUACAGCUCUCGUGGAUAUCAUAUCUACCCAAACCGCGGUUCUUCAAUCCGCAUACAAGAAUGACAGUACCAAGGUCCCUUCUAUUGACGACCCUUACCAGCCUACGCCAUUGGAGUUCGAUCCAAGUAUCACGGCAGCUCGAAAUCUCAUCGUUGCUGCUGCGACUCAGCUUAUUGCUACAGUGGGGUCUCCACACGAACUGAUCUACGCGAAUUUGUCUGGAGAGUAUGAUACAGUCACCAUGGGGUUUAUUGUUGAUGUCAAUAUUCCUGAAAUCCUCAAAGAAGCAGGAACGCAGGGACUCCAUGUUGAUGAACUGUCUUUGGCCACAGGAAUCGGGUCGUCCUAUAUAGCUCGUGUGUUGCGCUACCUCGCCACCCGUCACUUUUUCAAAGAAGUGUCGCCGAAUGUUUUCGCUCAUAACCGAUUAUCAUCGCUACUAACUAAGGCCAAAUCUCUCAAAGAGAUUAAGGAAGAGUCUGUUGAAUAUCUUUCCAUCAAUCCUCUUUCCUCAUCUGUAGAGUCCUUUAGCCCCGCUUCUCGAUAUGACAACUCCUCCAUCGCGGCGUGCUCGCAAAUGGCGUAUAAUCCAAAGCAAGCGUCAGCUCCGUUCAAUAUCGCAUACAACACUCCCGAAAAGAUGUGGGAAUGGACAGAGAAACCGGGAAAUGAACUUGUGUCGCGCAAGUUUGGUGCAGCGAUGCAGAAUAUUGGGGAGAUGUCUCCUUCCGAGGUGUUCACUUCUGGGAUUGAGGCCGAUAAACUGAAAGCCAAUGAUAUUGUAGUCGAUGUUGGUGGUGGAGUUGGCACUCUAACACUUACUCUUAAAAAGGCCUUCCCGAACCUACGAUACAUUGUUCAAGACUUGGAUCAACAAAUAUUCUGGGCCGAGAAGGAUCCUGAAGCAAUCAAAGUUGGGCAAGUUCAAUUGCAAGCUCACGAUUUCGGGAAACCGCAACCUAUUAAAGGGGCUGCUGUCUAUCUACUUCGCAUGGUUCUACACAACUGCUCAGACGAUUAUGCGAGGAAACUACUCAGUAACCUUCGUUUCGGUGCUGAUAUCAAUAAAUCCAAGCUCGUCGUGUUCGAGAUGCUUGCGAAGCACGUCACUGAAGAAUUCGGCUCUGGGGUCAGCGUGCCCUACCCUUUGCUUCCAAAUCUAGGCGUGGUCGGGGGUGGCUCUGUCACAAGUCUCGAUAUGGCGAUGUUGACGAUGUAUGAUGGCCAAGAAAGGACGUUGGAGGAAUAUACUCAGCUAGGGAAAGAAGCCGGAUGGAAGUUGAAUAAUGUGAAAAAGGGGGAACUGGCUGCGUUGAUAUUCACCCCAAUCUGA